UUUGAGGCUGAAUGACGCUGGGAUAUUGACAGAGCGUUGUCCUGCUGCCACGGGCUGUAUAGCGAUUCUGUGAUUGUGCUUUUUGGGGAGUAAUGUGGGGUUGAUAUUAGCCUAGUCCAGAGCUGGAGCCAUGUCUCCCCAGACCGGCGCUGCCUCGGGGGUUCAGGGGCUUCUUCUGAAACUUCACGAAUCACUUUCAGACGAAGACACCAGAGGUGCAGCUCUGAAAUGUCACGAUAUUAUUGGUGAUUUGGGCCAGGAGUGUAUGCUAACUUCCACCGAGAAUGAACUUGACUACGGGCUUCUCGUCUUCCUCAGAAAAUCCCUGGGGAGGGAUGAGCUGCGGGACACUCGCGUGGACGUCUUGGGAUUUUUGGAGAAGUUUUUGGACAAACUCUCCCCCCGAGUCAAAGGAUGGGAGAAGACCUAUGCCUCCGAUAUAAAGAGCACGUGCAUGGUGGUGUACACAAAGGAAAGGGUCGCCAAAUGCAGGGCUCCAGUGCUGGAGCUACUCAUCAAGGUCCUCCAAACCACGAAAGCCUCCAGCGUCGCGGCGGACUUCAGGGUCUGCGAGAUCUUCGACCGGUUUUACAGCGAGCUGGCUCAGAAGUUCAAGCUGCCGGACUCCGUUCUCGGGAAAAUCUAUGAGCUACUGGGAGUUCUGGCCGAGGUCCAUCCCAGCGAGAUGGUCAACAACUCGGACAAGCUUUAUAAGGCCUAUCUCGGAGAGCUGAAGGGGCAGAUGACCUCUUCCACAAAGGAACCCAAACUGUUUGUAGUUGCUGGAUGUUUGAGGGGAAUCAAUGCCCUAAUGGUCAACUUCACCAAAACGAUGGAGGAAGACCAGUCAACUUCUAAGGAGAUUUUUCAGUAUGCCUUUAAGGCCAUCACCCCCCAGAUGGAGAUGACCCGCUAUGCUGUCACUUUUGCUGGACUCAGACUGUUUGCCAGACAUGCGUCCCAGUUCAGCACCUGCCUCAUGGACCACUACCGAGCCCUGUUCGAGACCAUGUGCAAGCUCUGCGGUCACAUCAACGCUGAGAUGAAGAAGACCAGUUACUACGCGCUUGAGGCCUUUCUGAAGCAGGUUGCCAUGUUGGUGGCUGAGGAUAUUGAGGAGCACAAGACGAAACUGAAGUUCUUCAUGCAAAAGUUCUGCGGCAUCAUUAAAACCAUGGAGUCCACUCACAAAGAGCUGUCCAUCGCCAUACGGGGAUACGGCUUCUUUGCUGCCCCGUGCAAGAAGGUCUGUCCCCAGGAUGUGGACUUGAUGUACACAGAGCUGAUACAGCGCUGUAAGCAGAUGUACCUGACGGAGUCUGACGGAGAGGAUGACAGCUUCUACCAGCUGCCCAGCUUCCUGGACUCUAUAGCCAGUGUCCUGAUCCACCUGGACAAGGUUCCAGAAGUGUACACCCCACUACUGGAGCGCCUGCUUGUGGUGCAGAUCGACAGCUUUCCUCAGUACAGCGAGAGGAUGCAGACUGCCUGUUGCAGGUCCAUCCUGAAGGUGCUGGUGGCUGUGGCCUCCAAAGGACCUGUUCUGUGGAGUUUCAUCAGCUCUGUUGUGCAUCAGGGUUUGAUUCGUGUUUGUUCAAAACCCAUCAUCAUUUCUGAGGAAAACGGGAACGAGCCGUCUCACAUUCAGGCCGGAAAAUGGAAAGUUCCAUCCAGUUCCAACUACCUGCCUCUGUUUAAGGGACUUUUAGAUUGCGACCAGUUGAGGGAUUCGGGAUUCCUGGACGGAGCUUUUGAAAGCCAGAACGCCGCCCUCGGGUCUCUGAGUAGACUUCUUUACGACGAGUUGGUGAAAUCUAUUCUCCGCGUUGUGGAAAAGUUGGACCUGUCUGUGCAGAAAAUAACAACAGGGGAGGAGACUCCAGAUGACACAGCCCACAUCCUCCCCUCAUCUGACCCCACCGCUCAUCUUUUGCCCAAUAAGGUCAAAGACUUCACGGCUUUCAUCAACCUGGUGGACUUUUGCAGUGAGUUGCUGCUGAAAAAACAUGUGGAAUAUUUCCAUACAUGGACGUAUUCCCUGAGCCAUGAGCUUAUCCUCCACUCAAUACGAAACCCACUGGUCAGCGGCUUUUACAAACUGCUCUCUGUCAUCAUGAAAAUCACAAAGCGGAUUAAGUACUAUCAGGGAGUUGGCCUGAGAAGCUCUGCAUCCCCUCAGGGGGACACGGUGAAGAGUACUUGCUUUGCACUCUUCUCUAAGUUUGGGAAAGAGGUGUGUGUCAGAAUGAAGCAGUACAAAGACGAGCUGCUGGCAUCCUGCCUGACUUUUGUCCUCUCGCUACACCCCAACAUUGUGGCUCUGGACAUUAAGGCCUACUGCCCUGCACUAGAGACGGCUCUGAGGUUGGGUCUGAGCCAUGUUCCUCUGGCUAACGCUGCCCUAGAUGCUCUGGAGGACUGGUCCUCCCACAUUCCGCUGGAGACCAUGCAGCCCUGCUAUUCAAGCAUCCUCCCUCUUCUUGAUGGAUACCUGAAAACCACCUCCACUAACGAAAAAGACGAGAGCAAUUGGGAGGUGAUCUCUUCUCUGUCUUCAAGAAGUGACAGAGGAUACAGCAGAGUAAUGACAAGGCUCCUGAAGAAGAGCAACCAACUUUCUAUGGAGGAUGCUCCCCUGGACAUGGUGAGGCUCAGGGUGGUAAAGCUACUUGGUCGGCUGGGCGGAAAGCUGAACAGAAACCUUGUGUCUGAGGUCUCAUCAGAAGAAAUGAUGAAGAAAUUUGUGGCCUGGGAUCCUGAGAAAAGACUCAGCUUCGCUGUGCCCUUCACGGACAUGAAGCCGGUCAUCUACCUGGACCCCUUCCUGCCGCGCAUCAGCGAACUGGCUCUGUCCACCAGCGACCGGCAAACCAAAGUGGCGGCCUGCGAGCUGCUCCACAGCCUGGUGGUCUACAUGGUGGGGAAAGGCGCUCAGAUGGUGGAAGGGGAAAAUAAAUUGCCACCCAUGUACAAGCUGCACAAAAAACUGUUUCCUGUGUUGCUACGUCUGGCCUGCGACGUGGAUCAGGUUACCAGGCAGCUUUUUGAGCCUCUGGUCAUGCAGCUUAUUCACUGGUUCACAAACAACAAGAAGUUUGAGAGUCAAGAUACAGUCGCUGUUCUCGAGGCCAUCCUGGACGGCGUGGUUGACCCAAAGGACAGCACGCUCCGAGACUUCUGCGGCCGCUGCAUCCAAGAGUUUGUCAAAUGGUCCAUCAAACAAACCACCCCCAAGCAGCAGGAGAAGAGCCCCACCAACAUGAAGUCCCUGUUUAAGCGGAUCUACAGCCUGGCUCUCCAUCCCAACGGCUUCAAAAGACUCGGCGCCGCCUUAGCUUUCAACAGCAUCUACAGACAGUUCAGGGAGGAAAACUCACUCGUGGAGCAGUUUGUCUUUGAAGUUCUGGUCAUAUUUGUUGACAGUCUGGCUCUGGCACACUCUGAUGAGCGAUCUAUGGGAACUGUGCAGCAGUGUUGCAGUGCCAUUGACCAUCUGAAGAGAAUCAUCAAACAGAAGGCCUCCAGUCUCAAUGAGCACAAUGCAAAAAGACGCAUCCCCAGGGGAUUUGGUCCGGAUGAAAAGCUGAGUCUUUCUGACAUGGUCGUGUGGCUUCUGGAGCAGUGUGGCCGGCCUCAGACGGAGUGUCGCCACAAAUGCAUGGAGCUCCUGUACGAAUUUAUUCCCCUGCUCCCAGGCAAGAAGUCCCCUCCUCAGUGGUUGGACGGCAUGCUGAGGGAUCAUGGCAGUGAUUUCUUGAUCUCGCGGUUUGAGGGCGGAGGCCUCCUUUCCCAGCCCACUCUCAGGGACCUGACGGGCCCAUUCAGUGUCCGGGCCACCCUGCAGUGGAUGGACCUACUGCUGGCCGUCCUGGACUGCUACAACACCUUCAUAGGCUUGCACAUAAUCAAGCCUCAGCACAUCCUUAGCUGCAAAGACAAAUUCACCUUUCUGAAAUCGACACAUUUCUUCCUGACUGAGCUGGCAGCCCAUAAACUAGCAGCAGCGGAAAGCUGUUUCCCUGGUGGCGAGCGGACCUCUCACUUCAGCCCACGAGAAGUAGACCAGUACAACUACAGCAAGUGCACCAUCAUCGUCCGCCUGCUGGAGUUUGCCUCCAUGAUUCUCGUCAAAGGAGACCCGGACUUUUGGAAGCUUCUAGAAAAGGAGAUCUUUUGCACGGCCUUUUUUGAGCUGACUGCGGCGGUGGUUUGCGAGCCAGCCGCGGUUGGCUUCAACAUGGCUGACGUAGAAGUGAUGAAGAACCUUCCAGAGGUGUGUGUUCCCCUACUGAAGGCUCUGCUGGACUCCCCAUAUGGCAGCCAUAUUGAAAGCAGCUUACGGGCAAAACUUUCUCGUAAAAGCGUGGAAGAUUUAUGUGCUUUAGACCUAUAUGAUUCCAACGCUCUGAGCCGCCACGACCAAGUGGAGAUGGUGCUCUCUUCCUGUAAACAGAUUCACAAAGCUGGUUUUCUCAGCUCCAUCCUGCACAAUCAGGAUUCAGCUUAUGCCAGCUCCAUAGGGCACCGACUUUUAAUGACGGUGUAUAAAGGCAUAGCGCCGGGAGAAGAAAGGAAGGCACUCCCAUCCUUGGACAUAAACACCAGAAGAGUAGCAGAUGACCUGAUUCAGCUUUCUUUUUCACUGAACCAGCAGAGUGAACAUUUGGUGGAUUUGCUGUUGAACACAAUCAUGCUUUCGGUCCCAAUAUCCGGGGGCCACAGCCACAACUUCCUGAGCUUCUCACAUGGCGAGUACUUCUACAGCCUCUUCCAGUCAACAAUCAACACCGAGCUGCUGAGAAGUCUGGAGGGCACCGUGCCACGCCUCAUGCAGGCCUCCUCUCAAAACCCCAGCAUGGUGAGCAUCCUGCUGAACGGCAUGCUGGACCACAGCUUUAGAGAGCGCUCUGUGAGGAAGACCCAGGGGGAGCAGCUGGUUCAGGAAGUGCUGAAGAGGUGGAAUAGUCUGCAGUCAUGGUGGGACGGAGAGUCGUCCACUCCAGAGAGCAAAACGGCCACUCUUCUUCUGCUCUCCAAGCUCCUGCAGAUUGAUUCUUCAGUGUGCUCAGACAUCAACCACGAGGCAUUCAGGCCUGUUUUUUCCACUUUCACAAGACUGCUUGUUGACAUGAAUCUACCUCUGAAUCUCAAGAGUCAGGCCCUGCUGGUGUUGCCUUUCUUUACAACUCUCCCUGAGGAGCCGCUCACAGACCUGCAGAGAGCCCUGGAUGCCCUGGUGGCCUCCCACUUCCCCAUGCAGUCCGACGAGUUCGCUAAGGGCUCCCUUCAACGCAACAACUACAUGGACUGCCUCCGGAAGCUUCUGGACGCCCUGGAGCUGUCCCACAGCCCGCUCCUGCUCCGACUGCUGGCAGGGGUCCUGUGUCGGGACGCGAAGCACAUCAUGGAGGAGCAGUUCCAAACGUGUUUCCAAAGAAUUGCGAGGCGGUCAAAGACGGAGCGGCAGCUGCAGCUGCUGUGCACCGUGCACGAGGUGGUCCAGCAGGGAGACCUGCCGGUGAGCUCCAUGCUGCAGGCCAUGACGGAGAGGGUUCUGCUGCCUCUGGCCUCCCACUGCAGCACCAAGGCCCUGAGUGACUUCUUUGUAGGAAACAUCUUUGAUAUGAUCGCUUUCCUGCUCAGCCGCUUCACUAAGUCGAGUGAAUCCGCAUUUGAGGUCCAGCUGCUGAAGAAGAUUGGCUGCUUCAAGCUGAUGGAGCUGCUGUACUCACGGCUCCCCAAAGAGGAGGUUUACUCCAAGGAGUCCCCCAUCAACCGGGCCUACUGCCGCUCGGACAGAACGGAGGGAAACGAGCUGUCCAAGACCCUCAUCAAGUCGUGUUUUGAGGCUUUCACUGAGAACAUGGCCGGCGAGACUCAGCUGCUGGCGCUCCGGAGGCACUACCACUGCGCCGCGUACAACUGCGCCAUCGCCGUCAUCAGCUGCAGCUUCAGCGAGCCUAAAUUCUACCACGGCUUCCUGUUCAGCGAGAAGCCAGAGAAGAAUCAGUUCAUUCUUGAAAACCUCAUUGAUUUAGAAAGGACCUACAGCUUUCCAGUUGAGGUUGAGGUUGCACUUGAAAGAAAGAAAAAAUACAUCAUGAUUCGAAAAGAAGUCAGCGAGGAGAACGGAGAAGCGCCGGUGUACCUGUCCUCCCAGUCCUACAUGGCUGACAGCAGCCUGAGUGAGGAGAUGAGCCAGUUUGACUUCUCUACAGGAGUCCAAAGCUUCUCCUUGAGCUCCCAGAACCCAGCGGGACAAAAACGGACAGUGGCAAAAAAGGAGAUAGAGGAGGCAAAUCCUUCCCAGGAGGCAAUGGUGGAUCUAGAGAUGGAUGAGUUAAACCAGCAUGAAUGCAUGGCCGCCAUGGCCGCUCUGAUCGGACACAUGCAAAGGAACAACAUAACCCCCAAAGUUGAAAAGGGAAACGUGCCCAGUGAGCUUCCUCCUUGGAUGAAGUUUCUACACGGAAAGCUGUCAAAUUCCACAACCCCCCUUAACAUCCGACUCUUCAUCUCCAAGCUGAUCAUCAACACAGAGGAGGUUUUCCGGCCAUAUGCCAAACACUGGCUGGGGCCGCUCCUGCAGCUGGUCGUUUCAGGAAACAACGGCGGGGUGGGAAUCCAUUUCAUGGUGGUGGAUAUCGUGGUGACUGUGCUGUCUUGGACAAGCUUGGCCACGCCCAAGGAUAACCCCAGAGAUGAAGUCCUCGCCAACCGGCUGUUGGAGUUCCUGAUGAAGCACAGCUUUCACUCCAAACGGGCCGUUUUCCGGCACAACCUGGAGAUCAUUCGCACUCUGGUGGAGUGCUGGAAAGACUGUCUGCACGUGCCUUACAGUCUGAUAUACGACCGGUUUUGUGGCACCGACCCGAACAGCAAAGACAACUCUGUCGGACUCCAGCUGCUGGGAAUCAUCCUCGCCAACAACCUCCCUGCUUACAAUCCUUCCUGUGGCAUUGAAUACGAAAGGUACAUCCAGUCCCUCACCUGCAACAUGUCAUUCGUGAGGUAUAAAGAGGUUUACUCAGCCGCUGCUGAAAUUGUCGGCCUCGUUCUGAAGAGCAUGACAGAAACUGGCAGUCAUCAUCAGGAUCUUCUCAGCUUGGCUGCAACACAAAUAUCAAACUUGAAGAAAAAAGAUCUGGACGACAAGUUCAUCAUUUGCUUGAAUAAAGUGUCCAAGCACUUUCCUCCCUUUAUGGAUCGUUUUGUCAACCUCGUGUUCUUCCUCCUUCCGAAGCUGCACGGUAUCUUAAAGACUCACUGUUUGGAAUGUGUGCUGACCCGGGCGGAUGUUAUUCCCGACAUCUUUCUGCAGCUGAAGAACUCAGGCUUCGUUCAGAUGAUGAGACACAGGGAUGAGGCCAGACAGAGAGUAUGUCUGGAUAUAAUCCACAAGAUUCUGGCCCGCCUCACCCCGGUGGAGCUUCAGGAGCUGCUGGGAGCUGUGACGGCCUUCGUGUCCCAGCCCUCACCUGUCUGCAGGGAGAGGAUGUACGACAUCCUCAUGUGGAUUCAGGACAACUACAGUGAUGAUGAAAGCAUGAGCGACAGCACCUCACUCGAGCUCCUGAACGCGGCUAAAGAAACUCUGCUCCAGGGCUUGUCGGACGAAAACCAGGGCCUUCAGCUGUAUGUCCGUAACUUCUGGAGCCAGGAGCGGCGCCUCCCCACCGCCACGCUGGAGCGAAUGCUGACGGUGCUGCGCUCGCUCUACUCCUGCCAAAUAGAGAGGUGUUAUCUAAGCCUGGCCACCAACCUGAUGCUGGAAAUGACCAGCCAGAGCCCGGACUUCAAAAGAAACAUGUUUGAGUUUCCUCUCUCGGAGUGCACCUUCCAGGUCGGCGCGCGCUUUUCCGACGUCGAGCCAAAGAAAAAAAGUUAUCUGGAGCUUACCGCUGAGCCUAAUGUGUUACGUUCCCCCUUCUCCCCGCAGGACUACGUGAUUGACUCCAACUGGCGCCUUCGAAGCACCGUGAUGACUCCUAUGUUUGUGGAGACCCAGAGCUCUCAGGCCCCAGAGAGCUUGGCAGCCUCUGGGUCUGUAGCCAUGAAGGGGAAGCUUCGAGCCACUCAAACGUCGCUGGAGUUCUCUCAAACCCAAGCGCCCGGCCGGCGCACCGCCUAUAACUGGCUGACGGGCAGCAGCGUGGACACGCUAGCGGAGUACUCGCUCGGCUCCGAGUCCCUGUCUUCUCUGUUGGUGUUUGACAAGAAGGCCGAGAGGCCGACGUCUGCGAGGAGACCGGUGGGAGAAGGCUUCGGCCUGAGGCGCCUGACCGCCUCAACGGACGAGGUGGACAGUCGCACGAGAGCUGAGAAUGAGCGGCGCAGUAACAUCCUGAGGUUGAGGAGGAGAUUCCUCAAGGAUCAGGAGAAAGUGACUCUGUAUCGUAGCUACAGAGUGGGGGACUUUCCCGAUAUUCAGAUCCCCUUCAGCAACCUCAUCACUCCCCUUCAAGCUUUGGCGCAGAGAGAUCCCAUUUUAGCCAAACAGCUGUUCAGCUCCCUGUUUUCCGGAAUCCUCCGAGAAAUGAAAGAGCAAAGCAGUGCAGAGAAGAGUCAGAGGAUUAAAGAGGAGCUACGGUGCAACAUGAACACCUUCCUGACCAAGAGCACGCUCUGCUUCCCGCCUUUCAUUUCCUGCGUGCAGGACAUGUGUUAUCAGAACGAGGAUCUGCGGCAGCUGGAUCCAGCAGCCGUCAGCUCCACGUGCCUGGUGAGCCUCCAGCAGCCGUCGGGGAUCCUGCUGCUGGAGGAGGAUUUGCUGCAUGCCAGUGGGCCGGAUGAGCGCCCUGCCAAGCGGGCACGAGGACACAAAGAAAUCCCCCCGGACACAAAUAAAUGGAUCCACCUCGCAAGGCUUUAUAGAUCUUUGGAGGACUAUGAUGUCAUGCGAGGCAUCUUUGGUGGGAAAGUUGGCACCAAGUCGAUCACCUGCACAGCGCUCCAAGCUGAAGCCAACACUGACUACUCAGAAGCUGUGAAGCUUUACAACGAGGCCCUGAACACUGAGAACUGGGAGGACGGCGAACCCACCGACUCUGAGAAGGACUUCUGGGAAAUAGCUGCUAUGGAGGCCUACAAUCAGCUAGCUGAGUGGAAGUCUCUUCAGUACUGUUCUACUGUGUACAUAGAUGAAAACUCUCCCCCAGACCUGGAAAGGAUAUGGUCAGAGCCUUUCUACCAGGUUAUGUACCUGCAACACAUGAUCCGCAGCAUGUUGAAGCAGCUGCAGCUGGGCGAAACAGACCAGACUCUUCUGAGCUUCAUCGAUAAAGCCAUGAGGGUGGAGGAGCGCAAAAAGCUGCUGGAGAGCCAGUACAGCCAGGAGCUGAGCCUGCUUUACAUCCUGCAGGAGGACUACGACCGUGCCAAAUACUACACUAACAACGCCAUGCAGCUCUUCAUGGAGAGCUACUGCAGCGUGGACACCCUGCUGACCCAGAGUCGACUGACCAUCCUGCAGUCGGUGCAGGCCUUGACUGAGAUCCAGGACUUCCUGCUGUUCGUUAAAGGAGACGUGUCUGUGAGCUCCCUGAAGCGCCUUAUUCGAUUAUGGACUGACAGAUAUCCUGAUGCUAAGGUGGAUCCGGUCAACGUGUGGGACGACAUCAUUACGUCUCGGUGUUUCUUUUUGGAUAAAAUCCGGGAAAAGCUGAGAGACCCGGCUCCCAGCGACAGCAUGGAGGUGGACGACUCCCAGGAGCCAGCGGCUGAUGUGGACACCUUAGUGAACGACUGCAAGUUCAACAUGAAGCUUCGCAUGGCCGACAGUGCGUGGAAACAGAAAAACUUCCCGGUUUCCACCAAGCUGCUGAAAGAGCUUCACCGAGAAGCGAAAGCAGACAGAGGCCGGCUGCUGCGCUGGGUCCACUGUUUUAGCCGCUACAGUCACAAGCGCAGCCACACGCAGGGCCCCCUGGAGCAGAUCAGCACCAUGCUGAAGGUUAUCCCCCUCCUGGAGGACCUUCAGGCCGACUGUCGCAACGCCUCGAGCAAGGUUUUCCGACACCAGAAGAUCCUCCAGGGCACGUCGUUCCACAUCCUGGCUGCAGCGGUCGGCAAAAGCCCGUCGGUUCUGGAAACUAUUGAGCCCGAGAAAAAAGAAAAAGUCGUAACGCUCUCAGGAGUUGUUCAACCAAAUACAGAUUCAAAGGAGGUGGAAAUUGGGUUGCAGUCGAAGGCACUGAAGUUGUUCCACGAAGGGACCAAAAAGGCUGAGGAGGAGCUCCAGUCUUAUUCUCAGGACUUUGUGGACUCCAGCGGCGUCAUAGAGACCUACAUGGCUCUGGCUAACUUCUGUGAUAAGCUGCUGCGUGAGGAGGAGCAGAAUGACACCAAAAGCCAGCUUCCAGACAGUCUAGCACUGCCUGUCCAUGUAGUGAGCAGCAUGUUGAAAGCACUGAAGAUGAACUCAGAGGAGGCUCGCCUUAAGUUCCCACGCCUGCUGCAGAUCAUUGAGCUGUAUCCAUCCGAGACCCUGAGCCUCAUGACCGCAGAGAUCACGUCGGUUCCGUGCUGGAUGCUGAUCGGCUGGAUCAGCCAAAUGGUGGCUUUACUGGACAAGCCAGAAGCCGUGGCGGUGCAGCACUGCAUUGAUCAAAUAGCAACGUGCUACCCUCAGGCACUAGUUUACGCACUCAUGAUCAGCAGAGAGAGCUACCAGUUUGAGAACUCGGCUACGGGACACCAGCACCAGGAGUUUGUCCAACGGCUCAUGAGCAGGUUGGACAAUAAAGGCUCUGUGAAGAACUUCGUUGAUGCUCUUCAGCAGCUUACAAAUCCUGACAUGAUUUUUAAGGAUUGGUGGGAUGGUGUAAAGAACGAAUUGGAAAAGCCCAAAUUUGACAAGAAGAGGAUGAAUGAGGUGUACGCCGAGCUGCACUCCUCCCUCGGAGACCGUACCGCCGAGGGUCAUGGAGCGUUUCGGAAUAAAUUCAUCCAGAAAUUCUCCAAAGACGUCGAAAAACUGCUGGGGCCCAACGGCAGUCACCUGUUUGAGAAGAGGAGAGACAAGAGCUUCCUGCAGCAGGUGGAAAAGCUGGCGGCCGCCAUGCGUGGCUUCCAGAAAGAGCCGGGGAACCUGAAGGAAUACUCGCCCUGGUUGAGCGGGUUCAAAGCAGACCCAUCCAAACCAUUACCGGAGUAUCACGCCAAGAUAACUGGCUUUGAUGAACGGGUAAAAGUGAUGUCCUCCAUCCGACGUCCGAAGCGUCUGGUCAUUCGCGGGGACGACGAGCGGGACCACCCCUUCCUGGUGAAAGGGGGGGAGGACCUCCGGCAGGACCAGCGCAUCGAGCAGCUCUUCUCCGUCAUGAACAUCCUGCUGAGCCACGACACGGCGUGCACGCGCCGAGGCCUUCAGCUCCGCACCUAUCAAGUUAUUCCCAUAACCACCAGAAUUGGUCUGAUUGAAUGGAUGGAAAACACCUGCACUCUAAAAGAGUUUCUGUACAACACAAUGACCGAGGGGGAGCAGCAAAGGGCAGCAAGGAGAGCCUUCCUGAAGAUGUGCAACAGCCCCGAGGCCUUCCUGUCGCUGCGCUCCCACUUCAUCAGCUCGCACGCCCUGCUGUGCGUCAGCCACUGGAUCCUGGGGAUCGGAGACCGCCACCUCUCCAACUUCAUGAUCAACAUGGAAACCGGAGGAAUGAUCGGCAUCGACUUCGGCCACGCCUUCGGAUCGGCCACUCAGUUCCUCCCCGUCCCCGAGCUGAUGCCCUUCCGGCUGAGCCAGCAGUUUGUCAAUCUGAUGCAGCCCCUGAAGGAGGCGGGGCUGGUCCAGAGCACCAUGGUCCACUCGCUGCGGGCCUACCGGGCCGAGCCGGACCUCCUGCUCAACACCAUGGACGUGUUCGUCAAGGAGCCCUCUCUGGACUGGAAGAACUUUGAGAUGAAGCAGCUGAAGAAGGGAGGCACGUGGACGCAGAGCGUGGACACCAAAGAGAUCAACUGGUACCCUCUGCAGAAGGUCAGCUUCGCCCGGAGGAAGCUAGAGGGAGCUAAUCCAGCGGCCAUAACCAGCGAGGAGCUGAAACUGGGCUUUGAGAAGGACGCCGCCUUCCCGGGGAUGCAGCUGGUCGCCGCGGGUGACGAGGAGCUGAACGUCCGCGCCAGGCUGCCCGCAGCCGGCCUGACGGUGGAGAGGCAGGUGGACUGUCUGCUGGACCAGGCCACGGACCCCAACGUGCUGGGCAGAGUGUGGGAGGGCUGGGAGCCAUGGUUCUGAUUCCCUUUAGGUUUGAGAUGUUUCUGAGACAAACGGUGGGGGAAACAAAUGAUGGUUUCAGAAUGUUGAGAAAUGUGGCUUUUCAUCGUUAAAAAGCGUAAAGUUGUUGUCUUUUUUUACUUAGCUUGUGUAGUAGAAGAACUGUAUCAAAAAUAAUGUGAUUUGGAAAUUUGCUGUAGCAUUUAUAUCAAAUAAAAGUUUACAAACUUGAGCUGGA